GCAAAAACAAUCAGUGACGCUACUGAUACCCAGAAUCCAUUGCGGCAUCAUGGCGGACAACAGGGAGAAAGCGCUGCAAGAUUACCGUAAAAAAUUAUUGGAACACAAGGAAGUAGACGGGCGGUUAAAAGAACUGAGAGAACAGCUUCGAGAACAAACUAAACAGUAUGAAAAGUCAGAGAAUGACCUCAAAGCUCUGCAGAGUGUUGGUCAGAUUAUUGGAGAAGUCCUCAAACAGCUGACAGAAGAGAAAUUCAUUGUCAAGGCCACAAAUGGUCCUCGAUAUGUGGUUGGAUGUCGCCGACAGUUGGACAAGUCACAAUUGAAGCCAGGCACCAGAGUGGCUUUGGAUAUGACUACGCUGACUAUAAUGAGGUAUCUGCCACGAGAGGUGGACCCUCUGGUGUACAAUAUGUCCCAUGAAGACCCCGGUAGCGUCUCCUACUCUGAAAUUGGUGGAUUGUCGGAACAGAUCCGUGAGCUGAGAGAGGUGAUAGAGCUGCCCCUGACCAAUCCCGAGCUUUUCCAGAGAGUUGGAAUUAUCCCCCCAAAAGGCUGCCUGCUCUAUGGGCCUCCAGGUACUGGGAAGACACUUCUGGCCAGGGCGGUUGCAAGUCAGCUGGACUGUAACUUUCUCAAGGUGGUGUCCAGCUCCAUCGUUGACAAAUACAUCGGUGAGAGCGCCAGGCUCAUCAGAGAGAUGUUCAACUAUGCCAGGGACCAUCAGCCUUGCAUCAUCUUCAUGGAUGAGAUUGAUGCCAUUGGCGGUCGACGUUUCUCUGAGGGAACCUCUGCCGACAGAGAGAUCCAGAGGACUUUGAUGGAGUUGCUGAACCAGAUGGAUGGAUUUGAUACACUACACAGAGUCAAGAUGAUCAUGGCAACAAACAGACCCGACACUCUGGACCCUGCCCUGUUGCGACCCGGCCGGCUUGACCGCAAAAUCCACAUCGAGCUCCCCAAUGAACAGGCUCGUCUGGACAUUCUCAAAAUCCACUCCAGUCCCAUCACCAAGCAUGGCGAAAUAGACUAUGAAGCCAUUGUGAAGCUGUCGGACGGGUUCAACGGAGCUGAUUUAAGAAAUGUUUGCACAGAAGCAGGUUUGUUUGCCAUCCGCGCCGACAGAGAGUACGUCACACAAGAAGACUUCAUGAAAGCUGUGCGAAAAGUGGCAGAUUCAAAGAAGCUGGAGUCCAAGCUGGACUACAAGCCUGUAUAGAUAUUACCUUUUUCGGAUUUGCUGUUGUAUACGUUUGGCCAGAAGAAAAAUGUAUUCAUGUUUGUGGGAACAGCAUUUGCAUAAAAUAUAUUGUCAUCUACCAAAGUGAUUUUUGCUCUUGUGGCCGCAGCACAAAACCAUUUGUCACUUCUGGUGUUCAACACUUGUAUAAAACAAACAAAAACUUCAUAUAUGGUAUGGCAAUAAACCGUUCUGUUUACA